GGUCUUUUGCAGGCUUAUUCGUCGCAUUACCUCAGAGGGUCUCUGUGAGGCACAUAUGUGUUUAGCUCAACUAAAUAAGUCUUGAUCCUGAUUUACCCUGGGAUAGUUCCCUCUCCUGUGGUUCAAUCAUGAGAUUUUCCAGGAGCACCAUGACCAGUUGUUUAAUGUGGUUGUGGUACCACCGAAACUACAUCAUCAUAGUGGUCCUUCCGCUGGCACUGCUUCCUCUGCCCCUCGUCAUCCCUACAUCGGAAGCCAAAUGUGGUUAUGCAAUCAUCCUCAUGGCUCUGUACUGGUGCACAGAGUGCAUGCCUCUGGCUGUGACUGCACUACUGCCGGUCGUCCUCUUCCCUAUGAUGGGCAUCAUGAAGGCUGCAGAUGUCAGUAUUGAGUAUCUGAAAGACUCAAAUAUGCUGUUCAUUGGGGGCCUGUUAGUGGCCAUCGCAGUGGAGCAAUGGAGCCUUCAUACCCGUAUUGCUCUCCGAGUGCUGCUGCUGGUUGGCGUUCGUCCCGCCCUGUUGAUGAUGGGCUUCAUGAUCGUCUCGUCCUUCCUGUCCAUGUGGAUCAGUAACUCGGCCACCACGGCCAUGAUGCUGCCGAUCGCCUCGGCCGUGCUGCAGCAGCUGAAGGCCACCGAGGCCCAGGCGGACGAGCGGGAUUUCCAGGACGCAACUCAGGACAACCAGGCGUUUGAGCUUGAGAUCAGUAAAACUAAACAUGAGAUGAGUGAAGAGAAACAACCUGACACCAACCAGUAUGAACAUGGCUUUGAUACAGGGUCACUGCAGCAGUUCAACAGAAAAGCCAUCGAUGAGAAGUACGCUCACCUGACCAAAGGGAUGAGUCUGAGUGUGUGUUACGCCGCCAGCAUUGGAGGCACGGCCACGCUCACCGGCACUACCCCUAACAUCAUCCUUAAGGGUCAAAUUGACAAGCUCUUCCCUGGGAAUGGGGAUGUGAUCAACUUUGCCAGCUGGUUUGGCUUUGCUUUCCCCAACAUGUUGCUCAUGCUGGUGCUGUGCUACUUCUGGCUUCUGUUUAUGUUCCUGGGGUUCAACCUGAAGAAGUCAUUUGGCUGCGGAGUGAAUAACGACAGAGAUAAGGAGGCGUACAAGGUGAUGAGGCAAGAGUACAAAAACCUGGGCAGCAUGAAGUUUGCUGAGGUGGCCGUGCUUAUAAUCUUCGUCCUGCUGGUGGUCCUGUGGUUCAGCAGGGAGCCGGGCUUCAUAGACGGCUGGGCAACAGUUCUCUUCAAUAAAGGGGGACCGUUUGUGACAGAUGGAACCGUCGCCAUCUUCAUGUCGAUGCUCUUCUUCAUCAUCCCCUCCCAGAUGCCCAGGUGUGGAGGCUACGGUAUCGACGACAAAGGCAAGACGGUGAAUACUCCCCCGGCUCUGCUGAACUGGCAGGUUGUCCAUGAGCGAAUGCCCUGGAACAUCAUCCUGCUGCUAGGAGGAGGCUUCGCUCUGGCUGCUGGCAGUGAGGAGUCGGGGCUGUCCAAGUGGCUAGGGGAUUGCUUGGCCCCUCUGGAGCAAAUACCACCUUUCGCCAUCUCGCUGGUGCUCAGCCUGCUGGUGGCCACGUUCACUGAGUGCUCCAGCAACACAGCCACCACCACUCUGUUCCUGCCCAUCCUGGCCUCCAUGGCCGUAGCUAUUAAAAUACACCCACUGUACGUGAUGCUGCCCUGCACCAUCGCUGCUUCUCUGGCCUUCAUGCUGCCGGUGGCCACACCACCCAACGCCAUCGCCUUCGCUUUUGGAAAACUCAAAGUCAUAGACAUGGUGAAAGCCGGCUUCAUGUUGAACAUCAUCGGGAUUUUAACUGUAAAUUUAGGCAUCAACACCUGGGGAUACACCAUGUUUGACAUGGGAAACAUUCCUCAUUGGGUCAACACUACAAAUAUCAAACCUUGAGUACUGAAGGACAGAGAGCGAGAGAUGUAAAAAGAGAAUGAAACAGCAAGGUGUUUCUUUAUAAUAGUGUAAAUGAUUGAUUAAGCGAGAAAAUAGUUCAAAAGUGGCGUAAGCUUUGAUUAUUACAGAAGGACAUGACAAGAAAACUGAGUAAAUCAAAGGUUGUUCACAGUAAAAUGAGGUAAAGAAAAAAGGUUUAAAGAGUAUCUAAAGAAAAAUAAUAUUUAGAGAGUGAUGAACCACACAGUUAUAAAAAGAUGUAUGACUAUAAAACCCAACCUUGGUAAAAAGAAAACCGGUGAUUGAUUUACAAAAAGAGAGAUAACAGAUAAGAUUGAAGCUCUAGCGACUCUGAGGUCUAUUAUUAGACAGACUCUCCUGUGUAGUACUUCCUUGUGUCAGUGACAGGACAUUAAGAGAAAUAACUGAGGUCACUUCCCUGUACACAGUUCCCUGAAUGUGAUGUCAUAUUAUUGAUCUAUUCAUCACUCACAAAUGAUGCAAAGAUACACCGUGUGUUUGAGUGAUUGUUUUUAAAUGUAAUUUAAGAGUGAUGUUUACAGACCAUAUGUUAUUUAGCUUAAUUGAUUGUAUCAGUUGAUUUAACUUAUUACUGAGGUUCUUUUACUGGACCCUAAAGUUGUUGUUUUUGUUGCACUUUUAUUUUUUAUCAGCGUUUUUGUCACACUGACUGUAUCUGAACAAGCAUUUACUGUACAUUUCUUAACGUUCUGUGAUAAUUUGUAUCCCUCCACGGGAAAUUAAAAUUGGAAAUACACUCUAGAUAAA